AGCUGUUGCUGUGGAUUUUCAAGAACAUUCGUGAUCAGUCACGCAAAAUAAUCAUUACAAUACAUUAAACUGUGUACUUAUACUAAUAUUCACAAGUGUUGUGAAAGCAUUUACUCAUCAUUUACCAUGAAGUUGAGCAUGUUAAUCUUCGUUUUAAUAACAAUCAUCUAUAGUUGCCAAUGUGCUCCUACUCCAGAUUGGGUGGCCGAUUUUCAACGAGAUAUGCAAAAAAUGACUCAAGACAUGCGUCAAAACCAACAACAAAUGGAUAGAACAUUCAAAGCUAUUGGACAACAAUUACAGAAUUCACAAAAAAAUCUAGAAAAACAACUGAAGCAAAUAAGCAAAGUUGCUUAUAAUGGAACAAAUGGAAUCCAAGAAUUUGGAUUAAUUUUCUUUGAAACUAUUUCCAGAUCUUAACGGAAUAACUUAUAUCGUAAGUGGUUCUUCGACAAGUUCUACUUCCCAAUAUGUUAAUGGACACCGUGUUGAUAAAACUAUAAUCCAGAAUGUAAUUAACAAUGUGAGAUACGUAACUAUAAUUGAGUAUGAUUCAACAACAAACAAAACUACAAUUACAAAAUAUGAAUGUAGUCUUUCUCCUAAUUUAAAUUGUGAAUUGAAAAGUAAUGAAGUAAGUGAUGGUCCCCCAGGAAGAUUUAAUUAGAAUUGGUAUAAUGAUUUUAUGUAUAAUAUUUUUGAUUAAUAAAUGUUUUUCCUUUUAUGCAAUUAA